UAUCUCACAUUCUUUCAUUGAUUUGCUCACUUCUUCUCUUCAACCAUGUCCUCAUCUAAUUCUAAAGAUGGUUCAGUACCGUCGCAAAAUGACCCUGCUCAACCCUUCACCAUUCAGGAGAUUAUUCAAAGCUUAUCCAAGCUGCUUAAUCGUCUCUCCGAGGAAAGAGACAAGAUUCUUAACGGCACUAAGGAGAAAGUAACCACGGAUUCGCCUGAUCAGGGGGAUGGCAAGAAGGACAGAGAUGAUGAAAACAAAAAAGAGGGUGACCAAAUGGAUAUGCAUAAUCAGCUUGAUAAAGUAUGCAAAGAACUCAAGUAUGUGAUUGGUGAAUUUAAUAAACUCAAAGAUUUUAAAGAUAAUCUUUCCGGACUACUCAAAACCCUUAAAGACAAUGUUGAUGACAUCCUAGCAGAUCUAUCUCACGCCUCAACUGAGUCGGUAAAGAAGCUGAUUGAACGGAAUCUUAGAGUGCUGAGAAGCAACAUCACAAAAGUGAAAGUUCAGAUCCCUUUACAGCGUCGCGUUUCUUCUGGUUCUGAGGCACGUGGGUAUUUACAAACCAGGGCUGUUGGCAAAGAACUCGGUUCCCUGCCUAAUCCAUAUGAAGCACAUGAAAUAUUUGAGAGCGGGUCUUUUCUCAAAGAAUUUCGAGACCAUUAUCGGGAUCUUGCUAAAAGGGACAAGCUGUGUUUGUUGUGUUUCGCAAUUUUCCCAGAGAACGCAGAGGUUAAGAAGAGGCUUCUACGAUUUUGGUGGGAUGGGGAAAUGUUAACACCAUCUCCAGUUUCAGGUACAGGGGAAAGGUCAACACCGUCUCCAAAUUCAGAUGCAGGGGAAAGCUCAACACCAUCUCCAGAUUCACAUACAAAGUGUUUUGUAAAUAAAACUCUUGACAAAUUUGUAAAGAUGGGAUUCAUUGAGCCUGUUACUAAGAGAAGCAGAUCGCAGACUACCAGCUACAAGAUGCAUCCGAUUAUUCGUUCUUUCAUCGUCAAGCGUGCUAAGGAGGCUAACUUCUUUGAUUACGACCUCAAGGGAGAACCUACCAUGGAAAUUUCAGAAAGCAAAAAGUCAUGUUUGGUAAAAUCUGAAAAUACUUCUUGGUUCUCAAAGAAUCCACUUUCAAAGCCUGAUCCAACGGGGGAGAAACUAAGACAGGAAAAAGAGAAAAUAAUGAAAAAUUUGGAAGUGCUGCAAACGUUAUUCAAUGUCAGUAAGCAAUUUCCUGAUUUGCCGGAGGAGCUGUUUUCCAAGAUGAGAAACAUAGGCGUUCUUUAUUUAGGAAGAUGGGAGAGCACAGCUGAGCACCAUAUCGAAGUGGAAAACACGAAUUUUUUAACAGGGUUGAAAAAUUUGAAGAAGUUAAGGUUUUUUAGUCUUCAAGGAAUCUCCGGAAUCUCGAAGCUCGAAAAUUUUCUUUGCCAGCUCAACAAAUUGAGAAUCUUAGAUCUCAGAGCAUGUCACAAUCUGGAGGAACUACCAAAGGGGAUUGGUUCACUCAAGAAGCUGAUUUACUUGGAUUUAUCUGAGUGCUAUUUGCUAGACAAAAUUCCCAAACAACUAUCUCAACUCUCACAACUCGAAGUCCUUAAGGGCUUCGUAAUUAGCAAAAAUAGCUCAUGCACUCUUGGCAGCUUGACAGCAUUACCAAAUCUGAAGAAACUCAGCAUCAACGUGAACGACAAGGAUUUCUCAAUAAAAAAAGAGGAGGCAAAUUUCUUAAAGUUUGAGGCGCUUGAGAAAUUGAAAAUAGCAUGGGGAGCGAUGGAAAGGGGAGCAAAGCGGACAAGUGGAAACGAGGUGAAUAAUGAAACAAAAGCCACGCGAAGAGACAAAGGUGAAAAGAAAGGUAAUGGAAAUCCCAAGAGCAAUGCAGACAAAAGUACAGACCGCAAAAAGCAAGAAAGUGAAGCAUCAAAAUCAAGGGCCGUAAUGAAAGUUCAGAAUCUAAAAAUACAAUGGGGAGCCUGCGGAAAAGGAUCGCCAACAAAACCUGACAACAAAAAAGAUGCAACAAGUCAGAAGCUAGUAAAACUGGACCUCGAAUGUUUUCCAGAAAGAGAACUACCAACGUGGCUGGACCCGGAGAAGCUGACAAGCCUAAAGCGUCUCUACAUUAGAGGAGGAGCACUCAGUAACCUGGGUGCUAACGAGAAAAAGUGGGAGGUGGAGAGUUUGCGUUUGAAGUACUUAACCAAUAUAAAGAUCAACUGGAAAGAACUUCAAAAACAAUUUCCAAAACUCAAUCAUUUGGAGAAAGUCCAAUGCCCUCAAAUCACCUUCUGCCCAUGCGAUGCAAGCGGAGUGUGGAAAUUGAAGCAACCUUGAAAAAAUUGCAGUUGAAAAUUUCAAGAAGUUGCCAGACAGGGAUGGCAUCAUGAAUUC